UGUGUAGGACAUGCGCAGAUGCGGGAUGCCAUAUUGCAGAGAGAGAGAGAGAGAGAGAGAGAGAGAGACAGAGGAGAGGGAGAGAGAGAGAGAGAGAGAGCUUCAGCCGGAGGAGAAAAAAGGGGCAAUCGCUGUAUUUCACAGGCUCCAGGAAACUUCAUUAAGGAUUUGAAUCACUGUGAGCUGACAAAGUGGGAAACAGUCAUCAGGACUCUACGUCUCCAAGGCAACAGCCUUCCCAAGGAAUCGAUGAUGACAUCAGCAGGGAGGAGCACUCAGAGCCCGUCCAAUGGGAGAGCAGAACACAGUCACUCAGAUAUGGAGUGUGGAGAAGAGGAACUGGACUUUAACUGGGAUGAGUAUCUGGAGGAAACAGGAGCCACGGCAGCUGCACACACCUUAUUCAGACAUGUGGAGCUGAGCCUGCAGAGCAGUUUCCAGGCUGGGAUGAAGUUGGAGGUGGCCGAUAGGAGUCGCGCUGACACAUACUGGGUUGCUACUGUCAUCACAACAUGUGGCCAGCUGCUGUUGCUGCGCUACUGUGGCUACGGCGACGAGCGCAGCGCUGACUUCUGGUGUGACGUCAUGACUGCAGAGCUGCAUCCUGUGGGCUGGUGUGCGCAGAACAACAAACUGCUGCAGCCGCCUGAAGAUAACGUUUACCUCAGAGCAGCUAUUAAAGAGAAGUACAGCGACUGGACUGAGUUUCUGGUGAAGGAGCUCACAGGCUCACGAACAGCACCAGCUAACCUGCUUGAAGGGCCUCUGAGGGGUAAGAACACAGUGGAUCUGAUUGUGCCUGGGUGUUUCUUAGAGAUCCGUGAUGCCAGCGAGCCAUUUGUGUACUGGGCAGUGCGGGUGCAGCGAAACGUUGGCGGGCGUCUUUGGCUCAGCUAUGUGGGACUGGAAGAGCCCGCCCACUACAUCUGGAUUUUCUACUUGGACAUAAGGCUUCGUCCACUGGGCUGGGCUAAAGAAAACUCUCUCACAAUGGAACCACCAAAAGAAGUGCGGGAUCUGAGGAGUACUACGGAGUGGAGUGAAGCUGUAGAGAGAGCCAUGUCUGCAGCUCUGGAAAAACCUCUGCCUCUGGAGGUCUUUAAGGAUCAUGCUGAUUUGCGUAAACACUCAUUCAAAAUGGGGAUGAAGCUAGAGAUGGUAUCACCACAAGAACCCUUCCACAUCUGCCCUGUGUCUGUCACUAAAGUGUAUAAUGAGUACUACUUCCAGGUCACUGUGGAUGACCUGAGCGGUGAAGCCCCGCCCUGCUCAGUGCUGUGUCAUGCCGAUUCUGCAGGCAUCCUGCCAAUCCAGUGGUGCUUGAAGAACGGGGUUGGCCUGCAGAGGCCUAGGGGUUUUCAGUCUCAGGACUUUGACUGGGCAGAUUAUUUGAAGCACACAGGUACUGAGGCUGCCCCAGAUGCCUGUUUCCCCAGUGCGUCUCUGAGUCGGGGCUUCUGUAAGGAUACAUGGUUGGAAGCUGUAAAUCCACUUCAGCCAGGUGAAAUCAAUGUUGCACGCAUCACUCAGGUUAAAGGUCGGCUCCUCUGGCUUCGAUAUGAAGGCCUGACCAAGCCCCUAGCUGAGUGUUUAGUGGAUGUUGAGAGUAUGGACAUCUUUCCUGUGGGCUGGUGUGAAGCCAAUGCCUAUCCUCUAACACCUUUACGCAAAGCAGUGUGUCAGUCUCAAAAGAAGAUUGCUGUGGUGCAGCCGGAGAAACAAUUGGCUCCUCCACCCAAAGAAAAUGUUCCUCUCGACCAUUUCCAGUCUGUUGCCAUGGACCCAGUUUCCGUAAAUGGAAAGUACUGCUGCUCUCAGAUCUUUGUGAAUCAUCGCUGUUUUUCUGGGCCAUACCUCAACAAGGGAAGAAUCGCCGAGUUACCACAAGCUGUGGGGCCUGGCAAGUGCACACUCGUCCUCAAGGAGGUACUGACGAUGUUGAUAAACUCAGCCUAUAAGCCUAGCCGUGUUCUCAGAGAGCUAGAGAUGGUGGUAGAUCCACAGUGGAACUGUCUGGAGGAAACCCUGAAAGCCAAGUAUAAAGGGAAGAGUUAUCGUGCAAGUGUGAGGAUUGUGUGUUUGGCUGAGCAGGUAGCAGAUUUCUGCCGCAGAGUGUGUGUCAGACUGCAGUGCUGUCCAAACCUGUUUGGCCCCACACUCGUCUCGGAGAAGUGUCCGGAGAACUGCUCCAUACACACCAAGACCAAGUACACACAUUACUACGGAAAGAAGAAAAGAGUGGGCCGUCCCAGUCUAGGAGAGAGCAAUCGGGAGGGCGACAUGGCCAAACCGGCCCGCCGCAGAAAGAAGCGAAAAGCUGUCUUUGUUCAAAAGAAACGCCGCUCCACUGUUACAGGAUACCACGCCAUGGAGUCAGCUCAGGACAGUGAUGAUUUUGAUGUUUUUGAUGAAGAGGAAGAGGAGGGAUCAUACAGUGGGGAAAGCUCCAGCUUGGAGCUGCGUGAAGAGGCUCCACUGCGCUUUUCGACACGGCGAGGCCGACCCUGCAGGUCUCUCACUCUGCCUGGGACUGGGGCAUCCACAGAGCGGCCAGCACUCCGCAGAUCCACACGCUCGCUCUCUUACACACACAACCAGGCAGCCAAGCACACACACACAAAGACAGCACAUACAGAAGAGGAAGAGAGCCGCUUGGUUCUAGAGAGAAACCCUCUCGAGUGGAGCGUGUCAGAUGUGGUCAACUUCAUCAUGUCCACAGACUGUGCCUCGCUAGCCAAGAUUUUCCAGGAGCAGGACAUUGAUGGCCAGGCCUUGUUGUUGCUGACCCUCCCCACUGUUCAGGAGUGUAUGGAUCUCAAACUUGGCCCUGCUAUCAAACUCUGUCACCAGAUCGAACGUGUUAAAGUGGCCUUCUAUUCCCAGUAUGCUAAUUAAGCUAACACAGACUAACAUCUAUUUCUCUCAGUGGAUAAAUACGCUUGACACAUACUGCUCAGGGGCUCUUACACCGUCAGGAAAAAAAACCUACACAACUGGCCAUAUGCUGCAAAGGUGAAAGCACAGCGCUUUCCUGAAGAACUUCUGUUGUUGAACUUCUGCUGAAAACUUCUGCUAAGCCCUCUGCUGUUUAUGAUAAAAGGAUUUUACCUAAGUAUGAAAUGUAUGAUGGGGACAGCUCUUGAAGAAAUAUGGAGUGACAAUACGGAAAGCGGUCUGAUGUUCUUUGUGCGUAUGUUCUGCGUGUUUGAGGUUACUGAAGCAGAUUUUUUGAAAGGAUAAUUUCUAUUACAAAUAGCAGUUUAAGGACAACAGAGGGUGUUUCUCAAUACCAAAAAUGAGAAGAAUCGACUUGCAUUCUCACAAAGUUACCUUAAUCUCACCAACUAGGAUCAAUUUGAUGUGUGCUGCAUUACUAAUACUCGCCUUUAGCACUAACGGCUUCUGGCUUCCGAAACAAUUAAAUAAAAGCUUGCUAAGUCUGGGGUUAUACUUGACACAUGGCUGCUUGUACUACACUAGGAUUGGGUGUAUCGAAUCGAUGCAUAUUAAAAAAGGAUUUUUUUUUUUAAGGAUUAAAUAGAUUAUUAUCAAAAAAUGACCAACAGCUUAUGUGUGAAAAUAAGUAACAGUUUUAAACUGAUGUGUAAAUAAUUUAACAGGCUAGCAAAGUGACUCUGAUACUUAAAAUAAUCCUUCUCUGUGUCAUCAGUAUUUGAGAAUUAACAGUAGAUUCUAAAAAAGUUGGUCACAUAUCGAUCAGAGGCUACUAAGCCAAAUUGUAUUGUUUCACAGCAGAUUCAGUGGUAUCAUCAAAUAUCGAAUUGUUGCCUUCUUAUCAUAUUGUAUCAUGCGCAAUCCUGAGAUUUACACCCUUAGUGUGAAUGCAGCAGUACCUUUUGUACCUCUAGAUGACUGAAAGUUCUGACCACUAGGGGGCAGGUCAGAGCCAGAGCAUACCUGACCAGCCACUGACCAUUUCCUCUUAUUCUGAACAACAAAAUAAACAGUGAAGAUGCCAGGAUUUGAGCAGCCCAUGAUAGACAGUAGCAGCACCAUGGUAGGUAGUACAUCAGGCUGUUAAACCAAUCUAAUAAGGAGCAUGCUUACAGCAUACACACUGGUAUUGCACCAUAUGCCAUGUGACAUUUUUUUAUUUAUUUUUUUGGAUGUGCACAAUCAACACACUGUAAGAAUGCACAAUAUGUGUAGCAGCCAUCUCACAUACACAUAUGCACAUAUAACAGCCUAAUGCUAUCACAGAAUUUUAGUGCUAGGUAGUUGAUUUCGCUAACUUAAGCCUCAUCCUGAGGUGAUUCAUCACAUCUACCAUCACUGUAUUUCAAUGAAUUACAGAACUUUUAGUACACUUAACAGAACUUACAGAACCCUUAAGCCUUCUCGAUGAAUCACUGAUAUAUGGGAAGCACCCAGCUGUUAUAACCAUUCUUACAUUCUUCAGUAGAGGAACUGAACUUUGGCAAUGGAACAUGACUUAAAGCAGUACAUAAGAACAAACAAGCACACGUAUUGAGAAACACCCAAUGUUCCUGUUAAAGAACUAUGAUUAACCACCCGAUCUGUCCGCAUUUUCCCUUCAGAGACCAAAUGAUAUAUUUAUAAGUGUAAUUAGAUUUGAAGGAUCAGUGUAUAAAAUGAAAUAAUAUAUUUGAGAUAUUUAUUUUGGCCUGACAAACAGGUGCUCUCAUGUUUUUUCUUUUUCUUUUUUUUUCAAAAGGGGACAGUACAGAUUGGUACAUUGUUCCUUGUUUCUACCACUUUGUAUAAAAAAAGAAAAAGAAAAAAAAAACACUGGUUACUGUAUGGAAAUGUUUCAUCAUCUAUGCAAAAACAAGACUUUUCUUAUGGUAAAUUUCUACUUUGCUGUAUGACCCAAUGCUUCCCUUGAGAAUUUUGUACAUAGGUUGUGUACCGAUUUUAUUGCCUAAUAGUAAAAUCUAGUUUUAAUACAACAUUUGAUGCACUGAAAAAAACUUUGAUUUUUCCCAUUUAUAAUGUUUUUUAUUAUUAUUAUUAUUAUUAUUAUUAUUAUAAUGUACCAGAAACAGAAAGUAUUCUUCUUAUCAAGGGGGAAAAAGGUAAAAGCAAGUAAAUGACAAGGACAGUGUAAGGGCAGAGAAAUCAAACCAACAUCCUGUGGCUAUUUAUACAUCCCACUAAAAUGAAACGAUUGUUGAACAAUGCUGUAAAUCACCCAUUGCCCAUAAAAGAGUGAAGAACUUUUCAGAAUGUCA